ACUUUACGCAUUCUUAUCCUCAUGUACGCUGCAGACCUGUUUACUUCUUUCCUUGUAUGAGGUGCACCCACAACAAUCCGACGCGUCCACGGGUCUGACUGAGUACCUCGGGCGACUGGUUCGUCCUGGGCUUUCUAACAACCAGACCGGAUCUUUCUCCUCGACGACAUCGCUAUCGAACGCUCACACACACUGUUGCUUAUGGUUGAAGGCGCGUGUAUUAUAUACCGGCAGCGGCCAUGGCCGAAACCAGACUGUGUACUAAGUGCCUUGCCAUUCUAUCAGCAGGACCAAACGAAAGCAAAGACAGAAAAGAUCAUCAUGCUAGCAGCGAAGAUUUUCACAAUGCAGUCGAAAGAGGCUGUUACAUCUGUAGUAUGAUUUGGAGAGAGCACAAACGUACGAAGGAAGAUAAUUACCGUGCGUGUGAACCUCUUCAUCGUACAACUUACAAGUGGUAUAUCACAGGUACACUCGAGCGCGAGCAAUCUGCCGAACGAGGGGAGGCCAGGCUCUCUAUUCACGUCCAUGCUAAGAGUGGGAGGUUCCAGAGUUGGCGCAUAUUCUGGCUCUUUAGACUAGCCAUUGCAGAUCUACAUCUGACGGUCUUUCAAACAAGGUUAGCUCCGUCAAUGAGGUCAGGAGAAACAUUCUCCUUGGUCAAACGAUGGAUCAAUGAUUGCUGUUCACACCAUGUCGAAUGUCGAUCUUCGACAAACCCUAACGAGCUGCCGACCCGACUUAUAUGCGUCUACCCAGCUGGCACAAAUUCAAAGAUAAGGGCGAAUAUUUGUCGCGGUAAUUUACUGCCAAAGGAUACACCAUACCUCACUCUUUCUCACUGCUGGGGUGAAAUUGAGUUUCUGACUACUACACGUGCGACCCUAAGCGCAUACGAAUGCUCGCUUCCUAUCGACAACUUGUCUAGAACCUUCCAAGACGCUCUUCUUGCCACGUUGGAGCUGGGCUUCCGGUAUCUUUGGAUCGAUUCCCUCUGCAUUGUGCAAGAUGACCCCGAGGACUGGAAAAGAGAAUCGCAUUCUAUGUAUGAGAUCUAUAGGAACGCCAUUUGCAACAUCUCCGCUUCUGGCUUUUCUGAUGGAGGGGAAGGCUUUAUACUUGAUGAGCGCCGUAUUGAUCCGACUCUAGUCGCUGUUAGUCUCGCCCGCGCGGCUACCCAGAACCUGUUCGGCGAUACGCAUUACUUGACAUGUGCAUUCCCAUGGGAAGAAAUGAGAGAAGGCCCAAUCUUUCGUCGAGCCUGGACGUUGCAAGAGCAACUACUCGCGAAACGUACGGUACAUUUCGAUGACAACCAAGUGUACUGGGAAUGCAAAUCGACUGUCGCAAAUGAGGUUUGGCCCUGUGGUUGGGUGAACACGCCAUUCGAAAGACGCUUCCGUGAAAGAACCGAUAGCAGUUGGCUCUUCAAGAUUGAAAGCGUGCCGAGCGAUAGCACCUGUAUAUACAACAGCUGGUUCGAUAUCGUUUCGGUGUAUUCAGCUCGACGCCUCACCUUUGCUACAGACCGGCUUCCCGCGUUAGCCGGUAUCACCAAGGAAUUCGAGAAGUGUCUUGAAGAUGGCCACGUGUAUGGACUAUGGUCAAGCGACAUACAUCGUGGUAUACUGUUCUACCAGUCAGAUGACAUACCCGAACUACGAGGCACUAGAGUCUUGCCAACAUGGCAGUACAUACCAAGUUGGUCAUGGGCAUCUUUGGAUAAGCCAGUGACUUGGUACGAUCGAGUACGGCAUCAAAAGUUGACUCACUGCACCAGUAUUGGAGUGGUUCAACACCUAGAGACUCCCCGACUACGGCUCAGCGGGAUACUUCUAAUCUGUCCAGCCCACUACUCUCUUGGUCAAAUCGCGGAUAGCGCACAUCGACUAGAUGGACUCUUCGUGGGACUGGACGAGUGUGAUUUCAAGUUCGAAUUCAGCCCAGACCAAUGGUUCGCCACGACUAUUGAAGAGCACACGAGCAGCAUUGUAUCGACCUCGGCUUCACAUCCACACCAUACUACUCAGGAUACACGAUCGUUCCUGGAAAGCAUUGUUAUCGCACCGAUAACGUGUUGUAUAGCACCCUUCUUGGGCGAAGACGGCGUCCAAGUAGGUAAUGUAAUGUGCCUGCUCUUAUAUGCGCUGCCCGGAGCUCAGAAUGGAGUGUAUGUACGAGCCGGUAUCGUCGUUGCUACCAAGUUCUUCUACAGUGAGGUGGAAGUAAACUCCAACAUGGUUAAAGCUCAGUUCGAGGCAUAUCGGAGGCCAGUCGCCCGCAAUCUCUUCCAAGAAGAAGAUGAUCAUGGGAAUUACACGGUCACGGUCAUGUAGAGGACAAGGAUACAGGAAAGAGACUUUGAGGGGUGCAGGGCGACACCGAAUGAUAGCGGAGUGGAAGCGAAACAUCCUUCAAGCAUAUCAAAACUACAUCCCACAAAGCUACACCUACACAUCAACAUCGUUUUCACCCCACAGAACCAACCAGAUCACCAGAGACCCUCACCAAACGAUCGACCAUUUUGUCAUUGCGCGGGAAAGCUCGACCUCCUUCCGUCUUGCUCCUGUGGCAUUCAUCG